AUGACUUCAGUACUUCACUAUCGAGACCCCAUCGCCUACCGGAGCGACUUCAUGAACACCCCUAAUUACAUGCCACACAUGGAGAGUUUCAAGAAGGCGUCGUCAUAUGAUGGCCACUCGUCUGGCUCGGAAUCGAAGAAGCAGCAGAUGUCAGGUGGCAAGAAACGACCUUCAAGAGCAGGCACGCGAAGUGUUACAACCCUUACGGCCGCACAAUUGGAACGCAAAAGGGCGAAUGAUCGAGAAGCGCAACGAGCCAUCCGUCAGAGGACUAAGGACCACAUCGACGCGCUUGAACGACAGGUUCGCGACCUCACUGCCCAACUAGACACUAGCUCAUCAACGAAGAUGAUGGAGCUGAUGAGGAGGAAUGAAGAACUGGAUCAAGAGAACGUGGUACUUCGCGCACGACUAUCUCAUGCGGUAUCAGCUUUGGGAGUUCCAGAGCAGAGUGCAGGUACGUGCGCCCCUUCACCCAGCGAUCGUGUGCAGAUGCUCAGCCAACCCCGAAGGUCGUCCACCGGAACAGCCAGGAGCGUCCACUCUAUGCCUGAGCUUGCCACGCCUGUAUCCCAGCCUGGACAUUGGCAACAGCAGCAUACCUACAAUCACCACGUUUCAUCCCCACACGUCGAGACUUCUUCUACUAUGGGUGAGGUCCCAGCACCUCAUCAUGAGUCUGUCCGCUGGAGUCCCCAUCCAUCUUCUCACCCCCAGCAUCAUUCGGUCCCCAUGCCAGUACAAGACUCAGUUCACUCUGCUGAGCCUACUGGAAUGUCAUACCCCAGUCCUUACGGCAUGGAGAGUAAUACACGUGCGAUGUCGUACCCUCUAGAGAACCCUGCGUCACUCGUCACUUCGCAACCCAUGCAAAUGUCAGGAUACGGUACGCCGACCUCGCAUCCUUCGCCGCACCCAUCCGAUUACCAACGGCACAUAACUGUUCCCAUGGGUCACCCGCAAGCACCAUCGCAGUCUCACCAGCACCAGCAUUCGCAUCCUCAACAGCCAACUUCUGCACCGUAUUCUCCAUACGGAAAUGCUGGACAUCAGGGCUACGUUCCGCAAGUUAGUCACCCAGGAGAAAUGCCCAUGAUGGCCCAUGCUCCGCACCACCAGUCUCAAAUGAUGAAUGAGCAGGGACAGCAUAUGAUGUAUCACAUGCCAUCAAACAUGAAGCCUGAGCACUGA